AUGUCGAACGCGUCGAGUCGCGUGGAUUCUCUGACACCAUCCCCCGUAUCCCGCUCGCCAAGUCCGGAGCCUCCGAUCCAACCAGACCACUUUUAUCCCUCGGAGCAUGCCCACCAGCUCCCUCCGUCUCCGGAGUCUGAUGGCAGGACCUGGCUCGACCCGAAUGACGACCCCACCGCUUCACGGGGGAUUCCCGUGUUCAAACCUACGAUGGAGGAGUUCAAAGACUUCGAGGGGUACCUGAACAAGAUCGAGUGCUGGGGAAUGAAGAGCGGAAUCGUGAAGGUUAUUCCGCCGAAAGAAUGGUCGGACACGCUGCCAUCCGUCACACCUCAGCUCGGAAACGUAAAACUGAAGAACCCUAUCGAGCAGCACAUGCUCGGUCGCGGCGGCCUUUUCCGUCAAGAGAACGUUGAGAAGCGGCGCGUCAUGAGCGUCCGAGAAUGGGCCGAACUUUGCGCAAAGGAAGACUUCCGCGCCCCUGGCGUCGACGACACUGGGCUUCAUGCGCGAGCGAUGAACGGGAACGUGAAGCCACGGACGCGGAGAGCGCGUAGGAAGAGGGAAUCGGAGACUGCCGAGCCCGAGGCAAAUGAGAUCAAGGAGGAAGAGGAAGCUCCUGCCGCCCAUGUCCCUGACGCAGGCUCGACAUCACUCGCUUCCCCACCCAAUAGUAUUUCCGCCGCAGAUCCUGACGAACAAGAAACGAAAUCGCGGGCAAAGGGAAAGCGGCCAGCCCAGGGCCGCAAGUCAAAGGAGGCCAGCCUGGCUGACCGUGCCGAGCGAGACAAGGUAUUCCUGGAGGCUUUUGACCCUCACUCCGAUUGGCUGCCUUCCAACACCACGCCUUUCGAUUACACCCCUGAAUUCUGCAGAGAAUUGGAGCGGCGGUACUGGAGGAACUGUGGCUUGGGGAAGCCUGCUUGGUACGGCGCCGAUAUGGCCGGGUCCCUGUUUACCGAAGAGACUAAGCACUGGAAUGUCGCCAGUCUCUAUUCAGCCCUGUCACGACUGUUGCCGGCUGAGUCCAAGGGGCUUCCUGGCGUCAACACGCCUUACUUAUAUUUUGGCAUGUGGCGGGCGACCUUCGCUUGGCACGUGGAGGACAUGGACCUAUUCAGUAUCAAUUAUAUUCAUUUCGGAGCGCCAAAGCAUUGGUACGCCAUCCCUCAGGCCAGAGCAAAUGCUCUUGAACAGACGAUGAGAGGUUAUUUCCCCAAGGAUGUAUCAAAUUGCUCCCAGUUCCUUAGGCACAAGUCAUUCCUUGCCUCACCUAGACUGCUCGCAAGUGAUGCAUGUCGUCCGAACACACUCGUGCAACACGCAGGCGAGUUUGUCAUUACCUUCCCCAUGGGCUAUCAUGCCGGCUUCAACCUGGGCUUCAAUUGUGCGGAAAGCGUGAAUUUUGCGCUCGAAAGCUGGCUGGAUCUUGGCCGGAAGGCGAAGGCCUGUGGCUGUGUCAAUUUUAGUGUGCGCAUUGAUGUCGAUCAGCUUCUGCAUGAACGCGAGGCUGAGAGGCUUGCCCUGGGCCUCGAGACAAACAAGCCCCGACGGCCCAAAUCUGACUCGAAAGCCCGGAAAGAUUCUAAGUCUAAGCGACCUCUCGAGGAAGACGACAAUCAACCUAGGGCAAAGAAGCAGAAAACGGUUAAGUCCGCGAAGAGCGAUACCAAUUCAGCGGAAGCUUCGUCGUCGAAGCUACCGAAAGCCUCGCCGACGAAGGUCACCCUGAAACUGGGUCCGAAGCCGAAGGAACCGGACACUUUCCCCUGCUGUCUCUGCGUGUCGAUGAGUCAGGAGAACCUCCUGCGUGUGCAGGAUCCUCCCGAAUGGCGGCUUCCCCAGGCCGACGGAGCACCUGCUGUUGAUGCGGCGAGUGUGGUCUGGAUGGCUCACGAGAACUGCGCGAACGUCAUCCCGGAGACCUGGGUCGACGUGGUCGAAGUCGGCGACGUUCGAGAGGAUGGCACGAGGGCAAAGGAACGUGUUGUCUUCGGAGUUGAUGCUAUUGUGAAAGAUCGUUGGAACUUGAGAUGUACAGCUUGCACCAAGACACGACAUCGGGCACAUGGCGCGCCAAUUCAGUGCACGAAGGGCAAGUGCCCGAAGGCCUUCCAUGUCACCUGCGCCCGGGAUGGGAGCCAGAACAACAUUGUCUACAAAGAGUUGCGUGAGGUGGAGAAAGAGGUUGUUCUGUUGGAACCACUGCCAGCAUCGGCGGCUGCCCAACAACCUGCCGCUGAGUCGAGUGGUGUCGCUCUUGCUCCAGCUCAGCCCCCGUUGGAUGCAGCCGCUGCAGGAAUAGCGAAUAGUGCCGAACUGACCGGCCCUCGUGUCCUCAAAAUGAUUCGUAAGGUCGAAGUGCAAGUGCUUUGUUCCCAGCAUAAUCCAGCUGUCACAGAUGCCAAGCGGGCUCAGAAGCAGGAUAGAAUACGCAACAACUUACUUGCUCUGCCGCAAAUGUCGCGGAUCAAGUUGCGCGUCAGUGCAGGCAUCUGGGAGGUGUCUCUACUUCGAGUGAUCGAGGAGACGUCAUCCGUGGAAGUGCUCUGGGAUCGAGGGGUCAAGAGAGAAUUUAAGUGGGGCAGUGUUGUCUUUGGUAAUACAGAGGGCUUGACGAUCGGUCAAAAACCUACGGAAGCAGCGCCAGAACUUGAACAGCUAGUCCCCCCGCGCCCAAGCAACCCGUCCAGGGUGUCAUUUCAUUCCAGUACACCUGUUCCAGGUAACACUUCUCGGCAAGCAAGCAUUCCGGCGUCAACCCCUGCUCCCAUAGUGGCGUCCAUGACCCCGACUAUGACGACUACCCCGACUGGAGUCCCUCAGGCUGCGCCCCCGGCAUACACAUACCAAUAUCCGACAACGUGGAAGUACUCCUACUUCCCUAACACGAAUCAAGGAUAUGCGACGGCAGGACCGUCAGGUCAAGCUGGCUACUCGUAUGGGUCAUCAGGGCAGCCGAUAUAUAGUCCGCCUGCCUACUCCGCGUACGGUGGUUACCACUACCAGGCUCAACCUCCACCCCAACCUCCGCCUCAGCCCCAGCCUCAGGUUCAGUCUCAGCCUCCACCAUUCCAAUCUCGUGGAUUGCAAUGGCAACGACCCUAUACGGGCCCGAAGGUGGCUGAAACUAGCGAUGCUCCUGUCCCUGUGGCCACAACACAGACCGUUCCGUACUAUGGUCAAUACAAUGCAAGGAGUCAAGCACCCGCUCAUCCCCCUGCUCAGCCACAGCCUUGGCCAGGAACGUACAUGGCGUCUACUGGUGCACCUUCAAAUCCCCCUACUGCUCAUUCAUCUGUUCCUCCAUGAGCCUUUGCGAUAUUGCCACUGGGUGAACAAGGAGGACUUGAUCGCAGUCGUUUCGCGCGUCAUACCAUACGCAUGUAUUCUUAUUGGCUAUCAGUGUAAUAGUGUAUUUCUGGGGAUUAUCCAAUCGUUCACCGAC